UGCAUACGUUCUGUUCCUGCGCGACGCAGCAACCAUGGCUCUCCUUGAUGGCCUAGGGCAGUUACCAGCUGAAUUGCUCUACAUAUGGCACACUUAUCGAGUUCCAAUCCUCCUCUCGGCGGUGUCUUUGGUGGCACUCGUGCGCCUCACGGUAUACCUACGCGACCGAAGAGAAAAGGUAUCUGCAUCGCCGGCUCCGUCAUCGCCAGUCAAGAAGCACCUUGUGGAACUUAAGCCAGCAUGGCUUCCCGAGAACACCACCACCAUUCCGUCGCUCUUGAACAUUGAUAACCAUGCGGAGGAGGAUACAAAUGCCGUCGCUUUGAUGGCAAAAGCAAGAAAAGGACCGAAGACUGUCAAGGGCAAGAAGAUAACGAAGAAGACUGCAGCACCCACCUCCACCUUUGCUCACAAGACGGACAAAAUCCAGCCUCUAAUCUUCUUUCAGUCACUCUCUGGCACUACCGAGGGCUAUUCUGCACAAUUCACCAAAGUUCUCACCGAGUGGACCAUCGGCUGUGACCAGUCCUCUAUCUUUCUAGAACCACAAAUUCAGGACCUCUCCUACAUCGAGCUCGACGACUACUUCAUUAGUCCGCCUAAAGCUGAUUCGAACGUUAAGCACUUCUAUCUUAUUCUUGUACCGAGCUACAACAUCGACACCAGUCUAGACAUCUUCAUCGAGAGCUUGCAAGAGACACACAAUGACUUCAGAAUCGAUACGGCGCCCUUGAGUGGACUGCUCGGCUACUCAGUGUUUGGCUUUGGUGAUAAGGAGGGAUGGCCCACAGAAGAGGAAGGCUUUUGUAGUCAGGCUAGGGAGGUGGAUAAGUGGAUGGCGCGGUUGACGGGCAAAAAGCGAGCAUAUCCUUUGGGCUUGGGUGAUGUCAAAAGCGAUGCCGAAGAACAGUUACAAGAGUGGCGGGUAGGGGUUCAAGAAGCGCUGGUUGAGAUUGCAGAGGGAAGAGGAUUGGGCGAAGGCGUCCCUGGAAGCGGAGACGCAGCCGAAAGCGACGAGGAAGACAUAGAAGACAAAGACAGUAUCGGCCAGACUACACGUGUGGACGACGUCGAAGACCUGGGAUCGAUGGUCACUUCGUUAGAUCCUAUUCCCGUCGACUUUACAACCUACAAGCCUAGAUCCAAACUGAAGCCCACAGCUACGCCCAAAGAGAUGGUCCCAACCUCUUCGCCAACACACGCAGCGCUCACAAAGCAAGGCUACUCCAUCAUAGGUUCUCAUUCCGGCGUAAAGAUCUGCCGCUGGACAAAAUCUGCUCUCAGAGGCCGCGGAUCCUGCUACAAAUUCUCCUUCUACGGCAUCGCAUCACAUCUGUGCAUGGAAGCGACACCAUCCCUCUCCUGCUCGAACAAGUGUGUAUUCUGUUGGCGCCAUGGUACAAAUCCGGUCGGGACGACCUGGCGCUGGAUCACUGAUGCACCAGAUCUCAUCUUCGACGGUAUAACCACAGCACACUACAAGAAGAUCAAGAUGAUGAAAGGCGUACCGGGAGUGCGGGCAGACCGCUUUGCGGAAGCGAUGCGCAUCCGGCAUUGUGCGUUAAGUUUAGUGGGCGAACCCAUUUUUUAUCCGCAUAUCAAUGAACUUUUGACCAUCAUGCACAGCAACCGGAUAUCCACGUUCCUGGUGUGCAAUGCACAGCAUCCAGCUCAGCUUGCGUCUCUAGUCCCGGUCACCCAACUGUAUGUUUCCAUCGAUGCGUCGAACAAGGACUCCCUCCGCAAGAUCGACCGUCCGCUGCACCGCGAUUUCUGGGAGCGCUUCUGUGCCUGUCUUGACAUCCUCCGCAACAGGCGCUUCGAGCAACGCACCGUUUUCCGCCUCACCCUCGUCAAAGGAUUCAACAUGGCCGAGGAAGUCAAAGGAUAUGCGGACCUAGUCGAGCGCGCACUUCCAGGUUUCGUUGAGGUCAAGGGCGUAACAUACUGCGGUACCAGCGCUGCAGGCUCAGCGGGCUUGACCAUGCAGAACGUACCCUUUUACGAAGAAGUCGCAGAGUUUGUCACCGAGCUCGAGAAGGAGUUGAGCUCAAGAGGAAUGACUUAUGGUAUUGGCGCUGAGCAUGCGCAUUCAUGCUGUGUGCUGCUUGCUGAUAGCACAAGGUUCAAGAAGGGUGGCAAGUGGGCGACGAGGAUUGAUUUUGAAAGGUUCUUUGAUUUACACGAGGGGAAGAUUGAAGGAUCUAGAAUUGAGGAUGGCAAGAUUGUGGGCUGGAGACCGGAAGAUUAUGUUGGUGACGAGACUCCAGAGUGGGCGCUAUGGGGCAAUGGAGGAUUUGAUCCGCGGGAUCAGAGGGUGUGGAGGAAGGGUAAGGGGCCAAAGACUGAUGUUGAUGGUAACGAAGGUAUGGCAGAGAAGACAAAGGAGGCAUUGGAAUUUUGAAGAGAUUGAGUGAAUAGCUAGAAGUAAUGAUUUCAGAUGGAAGUCAAAACUAGCUGUACUAUUAGAUGGAACGGAUCGUGCUCCUCGCUCAAUUAUCACACCC